GCGGUGCCGGCGGUGCGGCGGCGGAGAUGUGCGCGGCGGGGAGGCGCUGGGGCCGGCGGCAGCGAGUGCUGCUCUGGGGCGUCCUGCUGGCGGCCUGGGAGGCGGCGUGGGGGCAGCUGCGCUACUCGGUGCCGGAGGAGAUGCCCAAGGGCUCGUUCGUGGGCGACGUGGCCAAGGACCUGAGGCUGCAGAUGCCGGCGCUCGCAGACCGUGGUGUCCGCGUUGUCUCCGACGGUAGGACGCAGUAUUUUGCUCUGCACGGGAAGACGGGUCAUUUAGUGACGGCCCAGAGGAUCGACAGAGAGCAGCUGUGCCGGCUGGUGGAGCAAUGUGUGCUGCGGUGUGAGCUGAUAGUGGAGGGGGAAAUGAAGUUUUACGAAAUCGAAGUAGAAAUCAUGGACAUUAACGACAACUCCCCCACCUUCAAGGACAUUGAAGUGGAAGAGAAAAUAAGCGAGAUGACAGCCCCCGGGUCGCGAUUUACACUUCCCAGGGCUCACGACCCGGACUCUGGACGGAAUUCCCUACAGAGCUACGAGCUGAGCGGCGACGAGCACUUCUCGCUGGCCGUGCAGACGGGCCCCGGCGGGGAUCAGCGUCCCGAGCUGGUGCUGGCGAAGGCGCUGGACCGGGAGGAGGCGGCGUUUCACGAGCUGGUGCUGAGGGCGAGCGACGGCGGCGAGCCGUCCCGGACGGGCACGGCGCGGAUCCGCGUGACGGUGCUGGACGCGAACGACAACGCACCCGUGUUCAGCCAGGCGGAGUACACGGUGCGUGUGCCGGAGGACGUGCCCGUGGGCUCCGUCCUUGUCACCGUCACGGCCACCGACGCUGAUGAGGGUCUGAACGGGCACGUGAGAUACUCGUUGAAAAAAGUGUCGGACAUGGCAUCGGAUAUUUUCCAUCUCGACUCCGAUACAGGAGCAAUAACGCUCGUGCAGAACCUGGACUUUGAGGAAGGCGACUACUACGAACUGGAGCUGCAGGCACGCGAUGGGGGUGGCCUUCUUGAUACGACAAAAGUCGCGAUCACCGUGACAGACGUCAACGAUAACGUGCCAGAGAUUUCAGUGAGGUCGGCGCUGACUGAGAUUUCUGAGGAUGCCCCAUCGGGGACGGUGGUGGCCCUGCUGCACGUGCAGGAUCUCGAUUCCGGGGCCAACGGCGAGGUGCGCUGCUCCCUCGACGGGAGCCUCCCGUUCCGGCUGGAGAGCUCGCAGGGCAGCUACUACCGCGUGGUGACAUCGAGAGAGCUGGACCGGGAGCAGGAGUGGGAGUACAACGUGACGGUGCGGGCGGCCGACGGCGGUCGUCCGUCGCUGCAGAGCAGCAGGGUGCUGUGUCUGCGGGUGCUGGACGUGAACGACAACGCGCCGGUGUUCUUGCAGGAGCGCUACAGCGCUCGGCUGCGGGAGAACAACGUGGCGGGCGCGCUGGUGCUGCGGGUGCGGGCGACGGACUCGGACUGGGGGGAGAACGCGCGCGUGCGGUACCGUCUGGGGGAGGGCGGUGUGCGGGGCUCGGCGCUGUCGUCGUACGUGUCGGUGCAGGCGGAGACGGGCGCGCUGUACGCGCUGCGCUCGUUCGAUUACGAGCAGGUGCGCGAGGUGGGGCUGUGGGUUUGGGCGGAGGACGGCGGCUCGCCGGCGCUGAGCAGCAACGUGUCGGUGCGGCUGGUGAUCGUGGACGAGAACGACAACGCGCCGCAGGUGCUGUACCCGCCGGCGGCGGCGACGGCGGCGGCGGCGUCGGGCUCGGGCUGGGCGGGCGUGGAGCUGGCGGCGCGGUCGAGCGAGGCCGGCGCGCUGGUGGCCAAGGUGGUGGCGGUGGACGCGGACGCGGGUCAGAACGCGUGGCUGUCGUACGAGCUGGCCAAGGCGACGGAGCCGGGGCUGUUCCGCGUGGGGCUGCACAGCGGCGAGGUGCGCACGGCGCGCUCGCCACUGGCCCGCGACGCGGCGCGCCAGAGCCUGGUGGUGCUGGUCAAGGACCACGGGCGGCCGGCGCUGUCGGCCACGGCCACGCUGAGCGUGGUGCUGGCCGACAGCGUGGCCGAGCUGCUGGCCGAGCUGGGCAGCGCGGCGCGGGCCGAGGCGGAGGCGGGGGCGGCCGAGGCGGGCGGCAGCCUGACGCGCUGGCUGGUGCUGGCCGUGGCCGCCGUGUCGUGCCUCUUCGUCGCCUUCCUGCUGCUGCUGCUGGCGCUGCGCCUGCGGCGCUGGCGGCGCUCGCAGCAGCAGCUGCUGGCGGCGGCCAGCGGCGCCUUGCGCGGCGUGCCGGCCACGCACUUCGUGGGCAUCGACGGCGUGCGCGCCUUCCUGCACUCCUACUCGCACGACGUGUCUCUCACGGACGACUCGCGCAAGAGCCACCUCCGCUUCUCGACCGACAGCUGCUGCCACACCCUGCCGGCCCGGCCGCCGCCCGACGAGCCCGCGCCGCUGCUCGCCAACCAGGAACCUGCCGGUGCCCAGCAGGCGGACCCCGCCCCUCUCCCGGUUUACAUGUGGGGGAGGCAGAACCCCAGCAGGGCCCAAAGUUGGUCCCCGCUGGUGGCGGGCGUGAGGCGGCUGCAGUGUUGUGUCGGCGCCUCCGGGUGCCGCUGUUGGCCGCCGGCGAGCGUUGCCGGAGCCGCGGCGGCGGCCGGCGGUGCGUCCUGUCCCCGGCGGCUGCUGGCUCGUCCGGGCAGUGCGGGCCAGAGCGGCAGCGGCCCGGGCAGCAGAGGCGAGAGGCGGCGCGGCGCGGGCAGCAGAGGCGUCCGAGUUGGAGGCGGCGGCGGGCUGGGUGCGCUUUGUCGGGCGCUGCGGCGGCCGCGCGGAGCGGCUGCGAGGGAGGCAGGGCAGCGGCAGGAGCCUGGCGAGCUUGGCGAGCGAGCGCCGUGGGCAAUGUCGGGCGGGCGGAGGGCGAGCGGCGGGCCGGGCGGCGGGCGAGCGCUGGUGCUGGGCGCUGUGCUGCUGGGCCUGUGCUGGCGGGCGGCGGCGGAGCGGCUCCGCUACUCCAUGGCCGAGGAGCUGCCCAGAGGCUCGCUGGUGGGGCCGCUGGCCCGGGACCUGGGGCUCAGCGCCCACGAGCUGCCGGCGCGCAAGCUGCGGGUGGCGUCUGCCGGCAAAAAGCAGCUGAAAUACUUCACGGUGAGCGAGGAGAACGGGAACCUGUACGUGAGCGAGAGGCUGGACCGGGAGGAGCUGUGCGGCGAGUCGUUGUCCUGCUCGGUCAGCUUCGAGGCGCUGGUGCACAACCCCCUCAACGUCUUCCGUGUCGAAGUGGCCAUUGAGGACGUGAAUGACAAUUCUCCGACCUUCAGCAAGGAUGCCCUGGACCUCGAGAUCGGUGAAUGGACGGUUCCAGGUGCUCGUUUUCCUCUGGAGAUGGCCCGAGAUGCGGACGUGGGAAGUAAUUCCCUGAUUACUUAUCAACUCAGCAGCAAUCCGUUCUUCAGUCUGGCCAUGGAGGAAAUUCCGGGUGGAAAGAAGCAGCCGGAAUUAGCGCUGGAGAGAGCGUUGGACAGGGAGAAGCAGAGCUCCUUUGAGCUGAUGCUGACGGCAGUGGACGGCGGGGACCCUGCGAGGUCCGGGACUGUUCAGGUUCGGGUCAACGUGACGGACUUAAACGACAACUCUCCCGUGUUCAGCAAAAGAGUGUACGAGGCGCGAGUGGCGGAGAAUCUGCCGGCGGGGUCGCUGGUGCUGCAGGUGCGGGCAACGGAUGCGGACGCGGGGUCCAAUGGGCGGGUCUCCUACUCCUUCGGCAACAUCCCGGCCGGGAUCCGCGAGUUGUUCUCUAUCGACAAAGAGAGUGGUGAGAUCAGGACCGAGAGGCCCCUCGACUUCGAGGAGAAGAAUAAAUACAGGUUCGGUCUGGAAGCAAGGGACGGGGGCGGACUCACUGGUCAUUGUGAAGUGCAGAUAGACGUCACAGACGAGAACGACAACGCGCCCGAGAUCACCAUUCUGUCACUGUCGAGCCCCGUACCCGAGGACGCACCAGUCGGCACCGUGGUGGCCCUACUGAACGUGAACGAUCCCGACUCCGGCGAGAACGGUGAGGUGUCGUGCGAGCUGUCGGGAGAGGCGCCGCUGUCGCUCGUGGCGUCGUCGGGCGGCUCGUCCAAGGUGGUGACGGCGAGCGCGCUGGACCGCGAGCAGGCGUGCGAGCACCGCGUGACGGUGGUGGCCCGGGACCGGGGCAGCCCGUCGCUGUGGAGCAGCAGGGAGCUGGUGCUGGAGGUGUCGGACGUGAACGACAACGCGCCGGUGUUCGAGGAGGCGUCGUACAGCGCGUACGUGCGGGAGAACAACUUGGUGGGCGCGCUGGUGUUGCGCGUUGUCGCUCGGGACUCGGACGCGGGCGCGAACGGGCGCGUGAGCUACUGGCUGUCGGGCGGCAGCGCGGGCGCGGCGGGCGCGGCGCCGCUGGUGUCGGUGGAGGCGCGGAGCGGCGCGGUGUACGCGCAGCGCUCGUUGGACUACGAGCAGUGCCGCGAGUUCGCGGUGGCCGUGCGGGCGCAGGACGGCGGGUCGCCGGCGCGCAGCUCGACGGCCACGGUGCGCGUCUUCGUGCUCGACCAGAACGACAACGCGCCGCGGGUGCUCUACCCGCCGCCGGCAUCGGGAGCGGCGUCGCCGGGCUCGGCGGGUUCGGCCUUCGAGGUGGUGCCGCGUUCGGCGUCGGCCGGCUACCUGGUGGGCAAGGUGGUGGCGGUGGACGCGGACGCGGGGCGCAACGCGUGGCUGUCGUACGAGCUGGUGCAGGCGUCGGAGCCGGCGCUGUUCCGCGUGGGGCUGCAGAGCGGCGAGGUGCGCACGGCGCGGGCCGUGUCGGAGAGGGACGCGGCCAAGCAGCGCCUGGUGGCCGUGGUGAAGGACCACGGCGAGCCGGCGCUGUCGGCCACGGCCACGCUGCACGUGGUGCUGGCCGAGAGCUUGCAGGAGGCGCUGCCGGAGCUGAGCGAGCGGGCGGCGGGCGCCGAGGCGGCGGGCGAGCUGCAGUUCUGGCUGGUGCUGGCGCUGGCGCUGCUGUCGGCGCUCUUGGUGCUGAGCGUGGCGCUGUUGGUGCUGGCGCGGCUGCGGCGGGCCGGGCCGCCCGCCGUGCUGCGCUGCCUGGGCGCGCAGCGCUUGUCGCUGGCCGGCGCCGCCUUCCCGGCCGACUUCUGCGAGGGCACCUUGCCCUACUCCUACAACCUGUGCGUGCCGGCUCCGCCCCGCCCCGCCGCCGAGGCCGCUUGGCCGCCGCCGCCGCUGCCCAUCGUGCCCGCGGAGGAGCUUGUGGCCGGGGAGCCCUGCGAGAAGCCGAGUCCGAGCAGCAGCGCCGUCCUGGGAGAGCCACCCGCUGACCCCGACGCACCGCAGUUAGUGCCGGUCUCUGUUUCCACAGAUGCGGGUAAUAACUCUGCCCCGUUUAGGCAGCAGGCGGGCGGGCAUGUCUCGUUGGCGCUCGGUGCGUGCAGUGCCGGGAGGAGGCUGCGGGCGCCGCUGUUGACCGAGAGGAGCGAGAGGAAGGUGGGAGCGCUGCAGCCCCGCCCGCUGCGGCCCGGCUCGAUCGCUGGAUCGCUGGAUUCCUGGGUCGGGAAGCGGUCUGUUUCCAAACGACCCGGCGGUGGGGAUUCGAGAUAA